UCUUUUGUGUGCAGUGUGUGGUUCAGUUUCUGGUUUUGGGCAAAGGUGAUAUCAUGGAUUUAAAUUUCGGUGAAAUUGUGGAACCUUCCAGUCGAGCUUUCUGGGAUGACUUCGACGAAGGCCAAGAAGAGGAUGCAGCUCCAGUGGAACCAUUGAACUGGGAGUGGAUGAAUGAGGAUGGCAUCGAGCACAAAUUUGAAAAGAUUCAACAUCUGCUGAUUUUGGAGGGACAGGGAAUCUUGGCCUUCGUUUCAACAGCAGUACUGAAGGGCAAGGUACCACUGUGCCAGCUAAGCAAUGGAACAACGAGAAUAUACAAUUUAGCCGAAAAGCAUUUGAUGGUGUGCGUUUCGGAAGAAAAAGAACUAAACUCGUUUGGAAGGAUCACAGAAAAGAUGGGACCAUGGUUACUGUCUGCAGAACAGGUAUCCGCUGUAACUAUUGUGCCGAACGUCAUGCAUAAAGGAACUCCUGAUGUUGAGAAGGAACAGGUCUGUUUUUUGCGCGCCGUCAACGGACAAGUUAAAGAGAUUCGAGAAUUAGAGGCGCCUAAUGUGCUAACGGGUCUGGCAGCAGGUGCCCUUGGGUAUAGGAAAUUUCACGACAAAACAGCAUCUGCUUACGCAUGUUAUCUCGAUUCCCCAACAUUAGAUUCCGUUGCCACCAAGCCUAUCCUGAAACUGCUGAAAUCUCUCUCCAUCGACUGUGAUGAAAGUUACGAACUUAAAUUUCGGACAAGUUCCAAUCUUUACAUGUAAACAAUAAAACUAGAGCGUAUGUUCUUAAAACUA